ACAUAGUCAUAACACAUACAUUUUUAUACAUGAUUUACAGCUAUUGGCUUUGACCUUUGGCUCCACGGCUAUAAUUAUCUGUAGUAAUGUACAGGUAUCGGUAAUGAGUUUUUCCCACAAAGCAGGCUAAGGGAACUAAACAGAAUACUAUUUUUGAGCAAAUUAAACAAUUCAUAAAACAUCCAAUCUAAUGUAGAUCUGAGUUAGCAAAAUGCUGUGAGAAGCCUUAAUUGUAUUAAAGCUAGAUAAAGCCCCUGGAAAUAUAAUUAUUAGCAAUAGAUCUAAAUAUAGAAGUAAAAACAUUCAUCCUGUCAUGGACCACUCCCAUAGUUCAUACCUAGAAAUGAUCAUGAUUAUAUAUAAAGCAAGAUCUACUAUUUGCAAGAAUAAUUGGAUAUUAUGGCAAGUCAACUUUGCUCAAGUGUGAUACUAGUAAUAACUAUAGUUCUGGUAUGGACUGUCGACAGUUUAACAUUAAAUGAUUUUUACCCAUAUGGUGAAGAGAAUGGAGAUACGGCAGUGACAGUGACACCAGCUACUGAUAUGUCUGUACCAUUAGAGCAACCAAUUGAAAAUUUUGCAGUCUUCAAAACUCACCAACUUAACGUCUCAAAUAUUCAUGUAUACUUUGAUGGUUUUAUACGUUUUGAAUCCGGGAGUCAUUACAUUGAGUUCAACCUUCUCAAUAGGAGAGGUCAGGGAGAUGAUAACUUGUCAAUAACAACAUACAGACUUACAAAUGAUUCUUUGCUACUACGACGGGCGCAAAAUGAGAUUAACAAAGCUUUUCCCCACACAUUCUGUAGCUCUUCUCCUCCAACACAACUGCUAAUACAAACCUGGAUAGAUUACAAAAAAGGACCAUCUUAUCCUGGUAGCAAUUUUCAGUUUCUUUUAGUGACUAAUGGGUUCAAUUCUUAUGGGAUCGCUAAGUUUGUGGAUGUAAAUGAUCACAUGGACAGAGAAGGGUCAAUGACUACAGGAGUUAGAACAUUUCUGUUUGGAGCAUCCGAAACAUCAAAUAUCGUGCAAUUUCCAUUUGAGUCAGAUGUUUAUGAUGCUCCUACUCAAAUGCUUAACAGUGAUAUUCCUGGGACAUACCUGUUUUCAUUGAACAGUAGUGAUGGAGACUGUACAGGUAGCUGUCAUUGCAAGAUAGCGCUAGUGAGACUGGCUUGUGAAGUUAGGAGGCGGAAUGGUGAAUCAUUGCCUAAUAGUUGCAAUAGAUACGACUGAUCUGACACAAUUAAAAA